AUGGCGGGUCCGGAUGAUGUCGAGGAGACCGGGGAGACUGGCGAGAUCGUGACCGAGCUGCAGCAGCUCAUGCUGUUCAGGCGCUGGUCUCUUUUUCUGCCUCGCCUGAUCUCGGAAUCUGCAAAACUGAACGCGGCUUACACGCUCAUGCGUCAGCAGCGAAACCCCGCCUUCUUUGACCAGCUUCGUGAGAAGCUGCAUCAGAUCCUGCAAGACUGCGAGGUGCUGGAGGCAUCGGGCCAGGUGUGCUCUGUCGAGGGUGGCCUCGAGAAUGUGCUGCAGGUGGUGCUACAGUCCCUUGUCUUUGCAGCCGGCUUCCUGCACAAUCGUCAAUUUCACAAGGCCUUCGCUCUGGGUGAGCUCUGCGUGCAGGUGUCCGACCACGUGGCUGACAGUGCUGCAGACAUGACCUUUUGGCGCCUCCUUUGCCGUGCCUUCCUUGGGAGUGCCUAUCUCCAGCUGCGCAGGACUGCCGAUGCCCGACAUGUACUCGAGGAGGCGCAGUGGCUGGGCGAGUCGGUGGAGGAGACCGCCAGGUCCAUGAAGGCGAUUCUCGGCGCCUGCAGCUACGCGCUGGCGCAGGCAGACUUGGACGAGAGCUCCAUAGAUCAGGCCGGAGAGCACGUCGAUGCAGCGAUCGCGCAGAUGGAGAGCAACUUGUGGGAGGUUUCCCAAAACAAGGAGGACCAGGAAGUGAUCUCCACCAUCCUGGCGACCCUGUACCAUUUUCGCGGCCAUUGCGACUUCCUCUGUGACCGAUUCGACUUGGCGCUGUCCUGGUACCAUCGUGCUUUGAAAGUUCUAGGAGAGCACCGCGAUUUGGGGAUCGACACGGAUGCUAUCGUGGAGCACGUCAAGCAUGACAUUCAGCGGGCGGUGUGCCUGAAGCCUAAAGAGGCUCCGCACGAAGCAUCGAGCUGA